AUGCCAGUAAUGGAUGAGGAGCAGCAAAAUAAAACGGGGGUAAAGCUGACCAAAAAAGUCAUCAAAACCCCAGCGGAUCCACGUAACCGUCUCAUGAUGCAAUAUAAAAAUGAUAUGCUGAGCAAAAUGUGGACAAUGGAACCAUCCGUAUUCGGAAUGCUUCAGAUGGCGAAGAACAUGACAUCAAUAGCUGCCAAUCAGUGUGAAGCUCUCUUCAAUGACGAUGCGCUAAUACAACGACUGCAUGAUGAGAAGUUUGAUGUUGGCAUCACAGAGACCAUCAUGAUCUGCGGGCUAGGAAUCUUCGAGCUUUUGAAGAUCAAUGCUUCAAUCGCUGUCAGGUCUAUAGCGUAUGCCGAAAGUCUUUCCAAAAGCAUCGGUGGUAUGGCUACAAAUGGUGAUCGUAUGAACAUUUUUCAACGAUUCAAGAAUAUGAUAGGUGCGGUGCUCGGAGAAAUAUUUUACAACAAUAUCCUAGAAUCAGAAAUUGAAGCGUUCCGAGCCAAAUUCGGGCCACAGUUCAAAGGCAGCCAGGAACUCUUGGCUGGAGUGUCCUACAUUUUCACAAACUCGAAUCCCUACCUCGACUUUCCACGUCCUAUGCUUCACAAAACCAUACCAAUAGGAGGUAUCGCAAUAGACAUCGAUCCCGAGAACAAUAUUUUAUCAAAGGUAUUCUUUAUC